AAAACUUUAAAAAAUGUAUUUUGACAUUCCCGCGCGUAAUAUUUGCCGCCAAAUUACUCUCUCCUACACUUCGACACAUUCUGAAUCAAAUUGCGCUUUCCUUCCUCACUGAAAAUCGAUCUCACUCGACAUUCACAGUUCGAGUUCCUCUAAGCUCAACUAAACCAGAAAGAGAAAAGCAUGAGCGCUCAAGGCAGAGGCAAAAAAUUGUCUGGUGGAGGCGUGGGGUACAGAUCCAAUGCACCCGAAGGUGGGCGCGGCAGAGGAGGGGGUGGACGAGGCAGAGGAGGAGGCGGAGGGGGCAGAGCUUCCGGCAAGAGACCUGGUCUGAAUAAAAUCAAGCGUGGUGCAGAGGAGGAGCUAGAGGCCAAGCUAGGGUUCGAUCUCUUCACUGAAGGCGAACCCCGCUUAGGAUGGCUUCUUACUAUGGCAUCUUCAUCAUUCGAAGAUGAAGAUGCCAACAAAACAUUCAGCUGUGUUGAUCUCUAUUUUGUAUGUCAGGAUGGAUCUACAUUCAAAUCCAAGUUUAAGUUUGCUCCAUACUUCUAUGUUGCCACAAAGGAAAAAACGGAGUUGGAUGUGGAAGCAUACUUGCGUCGUCGAUAUGAGGGUCACAUUUCUGAUAUAGAAGUCGUGGACAAAGAAGACCUGGAUUUGAAAAAUCAUCUGUCAGGCUUGUACAAGACAUAUCUCAAAAUCAGCUUCGACACUGUUCAGGAACUAAUGCAUGUUAAAAGUGAUCUCCUGCCUGUUGUUGAAAGGAACCAAGCUAAGCUUGAAGCAACAGAUGCUUAUGAAUCCUUCUUUGUUGGCAAGAGUGACAAUAAACAGAAGAUACAAGACUUUUUGGAUUGCAUUAUUGACAUGCGGGAGUAUGAUGUUCCCUACCAUGUUCGCUUUGCUAUUGAUAAUGAUGCAAGGUGUGGACAGUGGUAUACUGUCAAAGUAGACUCUGCUAAAGUUACUUUAGAAAGGAGGGCUGAUCUUCUUCAGCGUGCUGAGGUCCAUGUGUGUGCUUUUGAUAUAGAGACAACCAAGCUUCCUUUGAAAUUCCCUGAUGCUGAGUAUGAUAUGGUAAUGAUGAUUUCAUACAUGGUGGAUGGUGAAGGCUACCUUAUUAUCAAUCGCGAGUGCGUUGGGGAGGACAUUGAAGACUUGGAGUACACACCAAAGCCAGAAUUCGAAGGGAUUUUCAAAGUGACCAAUGUACCAAAUGAGAGAGAGCUUAUUAAGCGGUGGUUUGAUCAUAUGCAUGAAGUGAAGCCUGGAAUUUACGUGACAUACAAUGGUGAUUUUUUUGAUUGGCCUUUCCUGGAGCAACGGGCUAAUCAUUAUGGAAUGAGAAUGAGUGAUGAACUUGGCUUCCGUUGUGAUAAAAUCCAAGGUGAAUGCCGUGCUAAAUUUGCAUGCCACUUAGAUUGUUUUGCUUGGGUUAAGCGUGACAGUUAUCUGCCACAAGGUAGCCAGGGCCUGAAGGCUGUUACAAAAGCAAAGUUAGGUUAUGAUCCAUUGGAAGUAAAUCCUGAGGAUAUGGUCCGCUUUGCAAUGGAAAAGCCUCAGACAAUGGCUUCCUAUUCAGUAUCUGAUGCAGUUGCAACAUAUUACCUUUACAUGACAUAUGUACACCCGUUUAUCUUUUCUUUAGCAACAAUAAUCCCUAUGCCCCCUGAUGAAGUUUUACGCAAGGGCAGUGGAACUCUUUGUGAAAUGUUGCUUAUGGUCCAGGCAUUCAAGGCAAAUAUCAUUUGUCCCAACAAACAUCAAUCCGAACCGGAAAAGUUUUACAAUGGGCAUCUACUUGAGAGUGAAACGUAUAUUGGAGGCCAUGUUGAAUGUCUAGAAAGUGGUGUCUUCCGUUCUGAUCUUCCUACGAAAUUUCGUCUUGAACCUUCAGCUUAUCAGCAAUUAAUUGACAAUCUAGAUCGAGAUCUUCAAUAUGCCAUAAAAGUGGAGGGGAAGAUGGAUUUGGAUUCUGUCAUCAAUUAUGAUGAUAUUAAAAAUGAUAUAAUCCUGCAGUUGGAAGCACUGCGGGAUGUUCCAAAUCGAGAAGAGCAUCCUCUUAUAUAUCAUCUAGAUGUGGCAGCAAUGUAUCCUAAUAUUAUUCUCACAAAUCGACUUCAGCCCCCUUCAAUAGUUACAGAUGAUGUAUGUGCUGCAUGUGAUUUCAAUCGUCCUGGUAAAACAUGCCUUCGACAUCUUGAGUGGGUUUGGCGAGGAGAAACUUAUACAGCAAAAAGAAGUGAAUACUAUCAUUUAAAAAAUCAAAUAGAGUCCGAGCAGGUUGCCACUGGAGAAGGUCAGUUAUCUCAUUUUUUCCGUGAUCUCCCUAAAGAAGAGCAAGAGACACGACUUAAAGAUCGUCUUAAGAAGUACUGCCAAAAGGUUUAUAAACGGGUUUUAGAUAAGCCUGUUACUGAACGACGGGUUGCUGGGAUAUGCAUGCGAGAGAAUCCUUUCUAUGCAGACACUGUGCGCAGCUUCCGAGAUAGAAGAUACGAGUAUAAAGGUCUCAAUAAGGUCUGGAAGGGGAAAUUUGGAGAAGCCAAGGCUUCUGGAAACCCAGUAAAGAUUCAAGAAGCACAGGAUAUGGUAGUGGUCUAUGAUUCUCUUCAAUUGGCACACAAGUGUAUUCUUAAUUCCUUUUACGGCUAUGUCAUGCGCAAGGGGGCUAGAUGGUAUUCAAUGGAGAUGGCUGGAGUUGUCACAUACACUGGAGCUAAGAUAAUUCAAAAUGCCCGAUUGCUGGUGGAGAAAAUUGGGAAACCAUUAGAGCUGGAUACAGAUGGUAUUUGGUGUGCAUUGCCAGGGUCUUUUCCUGAGAACUUUACCUUCAAAACAUCGGAUCCCAAGAAGAAGCUCACAAUAUCAUAUCCAUGUGUUAUGCUUAAUGUUGAUGUUGCUAGGAACAACACUAAUGACCAAUACCAGACCUUGGACAAUGCUAUCCGGCGGACAUACACAACAAGAAGUGAAUGUUCCAUUGAGUUUGAAGUAGAUGGACCAUAUAAGGCAAUGAUUCUACCAGCUUCUAAGGAAGAAGGUGUUCUAAUCAAGAAGCGCUAUGCUGUUUUUAAUGAUGAUGGCACCCUAGCAGAACUUAAAGGUUUUGAAAUAAAGCGUCGAGGUGAACUGAAGCUUAUUAAAGUCUUCCAGGCUGAAGUGUUUGAUAAAUUUCUUCAUGGAACAACCUUAGAGGAAUGCUAUUCAGCAGUUGCUUCUGUGGCAGACCGGUGGCUUGACCUUCUUGAUAACCAAGGAGUUGAUGUUUCUGAUGGUGAAUUGCUGGAUUUUAUAUCUGAAUCAAGUACCAUGAGCAAAUCACUGUUGGACUACGGGGAGCAGAAGUCAUGUGCUGUUACUACUGCAAGAAGGCUUGCUGAUUUUCUUGGAGAUGCAAUGGUUAAAGAUAAAGGGCUUAUGUGCCGAUACAUAGUUGCACGAAAUCCACAGGGUGCUCCUGUGAGUGAGCGUGCUAUACCUGUUGCAAUUUUUGAAACAGAACCUGAAAUAAUGAAAGUAUACGUAAGGAAAUGGUGCAAAACAUCAUCUGAUGUAGCUAUUAGGUCUAUUGUGGACUGGUCAUAUUACCGGCAACGCCUAAGCUCUGCAAUCCAGAAAAUUAUUACAAUUCCUGCUGCCAUGCAAAAGGUUGCUAAUCCUGUGCCAAGGGUAGCACAUCCAGAUUGGCUACAUAAGAAGGUCCGCGAAAAGGAAGACAAAUUUCGCCAACGAAAUAUUCGAGAUAUGUUUGGCUUAAAGAACAAGUCACUUAACGAUUUGCCUGUAUCCAAUCAUUUUAUGGAUACCGAGUUGGUUGGAGAUUUAGAGGAUAUGGCUAACAAAGAGAAUAUGCCUCAUUUGGGUCCUAGGCCUAUAGUUCGUAACUUUGAAAGCAAGAAAGAUUUAUCCAGGAAUAAAAAUUGCAGUCAAGAGCCAGAAAACAGUCAGAAGCAUCGUAAAGUGUUGUCUGAUGUAAAUGAAAGUGAUCAGAGGCCUGAAUCCAUUGAUAAGAAUGUUGAUUACCAAGGUUGGCUUGACCAGAAGAAGCGGAAAUGGAAAGAAACACUUGAGAAGCGAAAAAAGCUAAGGGUGGAUGAUUCUCUAAGAGACACAGAUAAUAUGAUAGGGGUGUUUGACAAACUUCCUACUUCGAGAGGUAAUAGAAUAGAAAGGACAAGAGGGGGAGUUGGUGCAUUCUUUAGAAGCCGCGAAGCAGCACUUACUCACUCUCAUUGGCAGAUUUUGCAGCUUCUUGCAAGUCAAAAGCCUGGGGAGUUCUUUGCAUGGGUCUUGGCAGGAGGAAAUUUGUUUAAAAUUCCUAUUAAAACUCCUCGAGUGUUCUAUAUCAACACCAAAGCACCUAUUACAGAAGAAUUUCCUGGAAAGCGUGUUACGCGGAUUCUGCCUCAUGGACGGACAAGCUUCAACUUGAUUGAGGUGGUAGUUGAUGAAGAACAAUUCAAAGCUGCAGGAAGAAAGCUUGCUGCUCAUCUGGCAGAUCCUGAGGUGGAGGGAGUGUAUGAGACUAAGAUGCCCUUAGAUUUUAAUACAGUUCUCCAACUUGGCUGUGUUUGCAAAGUGGAUAUUAGUGCUAGCAAUCGAAAUCCAAGAGAUGGUUGGAAUUUGAGUGAAUUACACAUGAAGACUACCACAGAAUGUCAUUAUAUGCAGGAUCAAGUUGCUUUCUUUUACCUAUAUCAAAGUGCAUCUGAAGGAAGAGGCCUAUAUGCUCUAUACACUCCUGCUUCAAGCACGGUGUCUGUAGUGGUUGUGAACCCUUUCCAGAAUAGGGAGCUCUCCUCUGGACAGCUUGAAAAGCAAUUCCGUGAUGGUUUGCGUCACAAUGGAAUGUCAAAAGGAGAUACCUGUUUUGAUUCCUUUCCUAGUAUCUUCAAGGUGGAGUAUGUAGGGACUGCUGUAGAUGCGGGAAAGCUACUACAGAGAAUAUUAAAUGACUACAGGGAUCAACAUCGUGGUCCAACACUUAGUGUCAUUGAAUGCCCCUGUAUGGAAUUAUUGAGUACAACUAUUCCUGUUAUAACUGAAUUCCCAUGUGUGAAAGUUCCUUGCAAUGCUCGAGAUAGCCAAUACCAGGCCCUUGGAUGGCAGACAAUGGCAGCUAGGACGGGGAUGCAACGCUGUGCAGCAUCAUCCCAGUGGUUGAAUGAAAGAAUUGCUCUUGCUCGAUAUGCUCAUGUACCCAUAGGAAACUUUGAUCUUGAUUGGCUAAUGUUUACUGCUGAUGUCUUUUAUUCCCGGGCUUUACAUGAUCAUCAGCAGGUGCUUUGGAUAUCUGAUGAUGGAGUUCCAGACCUGGGAGGUAUUACAGAAGAAGAACCAAGCUUUGCAGAUGAAGUGCAACAGCCUGUUCUUAUUUAUCCAGGAGCAUAUAGGACAGUCUCAGUGGAAUUGAAGAUACAUCAUCUUGCAGUGAAUGCUCUAUUGAAGAGCAGCCAAGUGAAUGAAAUGGAAGGAGGAUCAUUGUUGGGCUUUGAGCUAGAUGCAAAUGGAGGUGGGGGGCAACUUGGUAAUGAGUCACUGGGUUGGGAUGAAGCAACUUUAUGUGCACCUGCUUUUCGUGUUUUGAAGCAAAUGGUUCAAGGAUGUGUAGCCGAUGCAGUUUCCUCUGGAAAUGUGUUUGCAGAUGCUUUGUUGCAGCAUCUGUACCGCUGGCUUUGCAGUCCACAGUCAAAGCUACAUGAUCCAGCUCUUCAUCGAGUUCUGCAAAAGGUUAUGCAGAAAGUGUUUGCUCUACUGCUAGCAGAAUUCCGUAAACUAGGGGCAACAAUUAUUUAUGCAGAUUUCUCCAGAAUCAUUGUUGAUACUGGGAAAGGAGAUUUAGUUGGAGCUCAAGGUUAUUGUGAAUACUUGCUGAAAACACUUCAAAGCAGAGAACUUUUUGAAUGGAUUGAAAUGGAGCCUCAGCGUUUUUGGCACUCACUUUUGUUCAUGGACCAGUACAAUUAUGGAGGAAUUCAAGCAAAGCUCACAGCAGGAGCAUCAACUGAUUCAGUCUUAGAAAAUGAGAGUCAGCCAGACAUAGUAUCAAGCUGGAACAUUGCCGAGUAUCUGCCCAAAGCUAUCCAGGAUUAUUUUGUUGUCAUAGUUUCUGAGUUUAUAUACCUUCCAUGGAAGCAUUCACAAGAACAGGCUGCAUUGCGAACUGCUGCAAGGGAUGGCAGUUUCUGCACACCAUCUGUUACAAUUGCAGCUGCAGCUGAUGUUGAAUCAGAGGAAGUGUCAUUCCUCAAGGAACAGAUCGCUUCAUACUUCACGGACAAGCUUCUCAGAAUUGUCCGUGACACACAGCGUCACAUUACUGCUAAAGGAAGAAGAGAAGAUGUUACUGUAGAUGCUAUUUCCCACGAAUUCCCAAAACUGGCAGGAUCUUACCUACCAAUGGGUGAUGGUGCCUUGGAAUUCAUCAAGCAUGUUUCUGCUGUUCUUGCUCUUGAUCACCGUGUUCAACAUGAUGUUUUGGUGAUGCGGAAGAAUCUUCUCAAGUUGGUCCAUGUAAAAGAGUUUUCUCCAGAGGCAGAAUUUCGAGAUCCUUGUUUGUCCUUCACGCUUCCUAAUGUUAUUUGCAGUUAUUGUAAUGACUGCAGGGAUUUGGAUCUGUGUCGUGAUGCUGCAUUGCUGGAGCAUGAUUGGCGAUGUUCUGUACCACAGUGUGGUCAGCCUUACAACAAAGACUGGAUUGAAAAUGCACUUAUCCAAAUUAUUCGGCAGAGGGAGCGCCUAUAUCAUGUACAGGAUCUUGUAUGCUCAAAGUGCCAUCAAAUAAAGUCAUCCCAUCUUGCUGACCAAUGCAGUUGUGCAGGUUCUUUCCAUUGUACAGAUGAUCCAGUUGGAUUUCUUUCUAAAAUGCAGGUCUUCCUGAACAUUGCAGUGUUCCACCAAUUUUCUCUUCUUAGAGAAUGUGCUUCAUGGAUCGUGGAAGCAAGCUAGACAUGAUUUCAUUCUCUAAUCAUGCUGUAAAAUAUGAAUUAAAAAAAUGCUGUCUUUUUUGCACAUUGAAUUGCACUUUUAGGUCUUCU